AUGGCACAUCAUCCAUUGAUGGUGGUUAGAUGCAGCAGUGACAGCAGCAAGAACAAUAUCAGUCCUCCUCCUGAUAACAGUAACAACAAUAAUAGCAGUUUGAAGGAAGUUUUGUCAGGAAUGGUGGAUGAGAGAGUUGAAAUGUUGCUAGGGAAAGAAGAGAACAAGGCUUUGUUACAAGGGUUGGAGGAUGCUGCACUUAGGGUUGAAAUGGCCAAGAAACAGCUGGCUGAGUUUGAUAGGCAAGAAGCUGAAGCUCAGCAGAUCAGAGAUUAUGUCAACAAACUCCAGUCUACUACUUCUGAGAUUGCAGAAUGUCAAAAGGAAAUAUCAGAAGCGAAGGCAAUGGUAGACGAGGCAUAUCGCACGUUAGAGGCCACAGGGGCUGAAGAAUCCUCUUUACUACCUGAGGUGGGUACUGAAUCCAUCAUCAACAAAGAUGAAGAGCGGGUAGAAUCCGUUACAGCAGCUAUAGUUUCUGCAGUAGUUGGCACUCUAGCAGGGCUUCCCUUAGCCUUGACGCGAGCUACAACCGGCAAUGUUAAUGACCUGAUAGUACCAUUAGGAAUCACAUUCGUCAGCUGUGCUUUGUAUGGAGUAACUUUCAGAUAUGCUGUGAGGAGAGAUUUGGACAACUUCCAUCUCAAAUCAGGAACAUCAGCUGCUUUUGGCAUUGUCAAAGCUCUUGCCACGCUGGGUGCCAAACCAACUUUGCAGCAGCUGGAUAUUGACAGAUUGUUUCCAGUUGCUCUUGACAGUGCUGUAUAUAUUUCUGAAAAUCUCUUGAUUUUCUCUUUUGCUGGUGUUGCUUUGGAUUUCUGCAUUAAGUCGGGGUUUUUAAGCCCGUACCCCAUUGUCAGGACAAGACCCUAA